AGAGGUAAUCUUUGACAAGCAAAUUAAUGCAGCAGUUAAGGCUCAAACUAGUGUGGAUCCUCUAGGAGAGUUCUCAGCAAAUAAUUGGAGAAAGAGAAAAUCAGUGUGCCUGAGUCCUCAUUGCCUUGUCUGUGAGCUAUUGAGCUCAUUAUUAUUAAUGUGAGGGAAGUGUUUGUUCUUUAGCUUUAUUCUAGAAUUUAUUCCAUGGAGACAAGACAUAUUACAGAAAUAUGCAUGGAAUGUUUUUAAUAGGGCUUUUUUCAUGCCAAAUGAGGAAUUGAUUUGAACCAAUUUUUCUCACAUACAACUGUGAAAUAUAAUCAGUUCAGGGUAAUGCCAUUAGAUUUCUCAUCUGACUGUGAGAGGCUUAGCUGCUUGGAGGAUAUGCAAAUCGAGCCUGAUGGGAAUUCCCAUUCCAACAAGAGUGUCAAUAACUCUCAACAUUCAAGAUCAAGAAGGAAAUCCAGGCCUUCUUGCAGUGUGCAGUUCUUCCCUGAUCCAUGUUCUACCAGGUCAGAAAAUAAUACCAAAGAAGACUCACUCUUUUUUCCCUCAGAGGAGGAAAGCUAUGUGGAGUCCACUCAAAACAAUCAUCUCAGUCUGAGCCCUGAAUGCAUUGCAAAGAAACUCAGACCUUUGAAAGAGCUGACUGUACAAGAGUUACUGAAGGAGUUUGGGGAUACCUGGAAAUUCCAACCAAACUCGGUGUCCGUGGGCUACUUUAAAGAUCAGGUAGUAAUGAAGUUCAGAAGAGCUCUGUAUUAUUCUGGAAUUUGGGUGGCAUAUGUCCAAGGACAUAGACUUGAAAAGCACUUUUCAGCAAACUAUUUCAAGAGAAACCCUGGUUGCCUACAGCGGUUGGUCCCAUGGCUGAAACGGGAACUAACAGCUGUUUAUGGAGAUUAUGGCUACACAGUGAAGAGCAUCCUAGCCACCAUCCUCCAUCACAUGACAGAAUAUGAUCUGGACAGUGAGUCCUUCAUUCACCUCCUAGAACCUUAUCUCCAACAAUAUACCCAUCAUUUUCUGCAUGAGUUUAUAAAUUUUGUUCACUCACCUUACAACAUGGAUACCUAUGACAAGCGAGCCAUCUAUCAAUGUCCUUCUGCUUCACCAUGGGUAAAAAAGAAAUCCACUGCAUCAGCUCCUGUUUUGCCUUUGCCUUCAGAUCAAGCUGUUCUUGUUUCUGAGCAUGAUACAAAGCAGUCUAAAAAUACCAAGGGCCAAUGGAAUAAUGAAAAAAGACCUCUAUCAGGCUUGCAACAAUUUUUGAAUGUUGACUCUUUAUUUAAAAAAUCUGAAAUUCCAGUAGCCCCUCAUAAAACAGCAAGUAAAAAACAUGCUUGGAUCAAAGAUAAAUCAGAUUCAGGUGAUAAUAAAAGCACGGUUUCUACUGAUAAUAUGUUCCUGCAUUGGGCUAAACCAAGGGAAGGGGGUCAGGGAUUUCUGAAUUGCAAAAAAAGUCUUCAAGAGAGGAAGAAAGAAGGAAUAAAGUUGAUUCCUAGUCAUGUCCAGAAUUUAGGAAAGAGUGAAACAACUACUCGUACCAUCAGUACCCCAGCAAUUUUUAACCAGGAGCAGCCCUGUAAGUUUAACCUAAAAGAAAGAAAGAUUUUAAAUGUUGACCAGGAGAUAAAUUGUCAGAAAAAAGAAGUAGAAAAAAACAACUACUCAGAUUCUUCACCAAAAAUCUUCCAGAAAAGAUACCCCAGACAAAGAUCCUUGAUAAGUUGCAAGUACAGAAAGAGAGACCCCUCUUGGAGUUGCAUUUCAGAAAUUGCUCUGUCUCCGAAGAAAGAUGGCAGGAAGCUGAUCUCUUCCAGAAAAAAGAGGAUGUUGUGUAGACAAUCCUCCCAGUUUGCAGAGGUUGGUUCACAUUCCAGUAGAACAAUCCAAAAACACUCAAGGUUCAAUAUUCGGAGAUCAAAAUCCUGGUGUGACAGACUUUGCAAAAGAUCUGUAAGCAGAGAUUCAAGUACUCACUCUUUGAAAGGAAGCCACAGAAGUGAAUGCUUCACCCUUACUAUAUUUUGUGAGCCUUCAAAAGAAAAGAAUGUGUAUGGGCAUGAAUCAAUCUACCCAGAGUCCUUUUCAUCCACAGUCCAAUAUAGGAAGCUUUCUUCAACUGCUGAGAAUAGACCCAAAUGUCCUUCUAAAAGUGAAGCUGCUUCCCAAGCUGGAAGUCACUGUGUCAGUCCCACAUGCCCACAUACUGAGAAACCCAGAUCCCCAAGGAAAGAAGAGAUGAAGCAAAGAGCCACAUUUCCUAGAACUAGAAAAAACAGAGGAUUUAGGCACAGAAAAAACAAGUGCCAGUGUACAGAUACACAAAGUACAGAGGAAGUCUGUGAUGAAUUAAAUGAUACACAGCAAGUGAGUAGUCAUUCUCAGUGUGCAUUUUUCUGCAGGAGGCAAAUCCAAAAGAAAAAGGUGAAUUCAAGCCUUCAGAAAUAUUACCUGGCUAAGAAUGAACAUAAAGGAGACAGUAUUGGAGGUACAGAGUCACAAACAGUUCUGAGAGGCAAAUGGUCUACUCGACUAAUCACCAAAGAUCUUUGAAAACAUGAAUAUAAUCUGAGAACAUGACCAAAAAGAUUCACCUAUCACUUUGCAACUGGAACAAAAAGCUGAUAGAUAAAUUUGAAACUCCUUUUGAAGAGAAAUGCAUAUAAUUAAAUUGGUGACCUACAAACAUUGCUCAUCUGAUUUUUCUUUAUGGAUUUCUAAAAUAUUUGACUUAUUUUUACUUCCCAGAUUUAACUACAAAUAUUAGCUGCCAAGAGUUGCAAAUACUACAGAGACUAUAUUAACAAUAGGAGUAUAUGUUAUUUAACGCAAGUUAUGUAUAUUAAGUAUUAUUAAAUACAACUGUUAUUUAAAUUUACAUAUACACACAUAUAGGUACAUAUACACAUACACACAUACACACACACAUAUACAAUGCAUUUUCAGUAUCCAUAAAAUAAGACAUGGUCACUGUCUUGGCAUUAUCUUUAAGGAUUUCACUGUCUGGUUCUGAAAACAUGGAAAUAAAGAGAAAAAAAUUAACAUAUGUGAG